UCUGGUUAUAACGUAUUGACAUCAUAUAAAAUAGUUCCGUUAAACGCAAGUGAAGUUUAAAAAAUUUGUUUUAGAAAAAAAAAAACGAACUAUGUUUCGCGCAAGUGAAAAAAAUUCAACAGCCGAAUGUGAUUGUGACUAUAUACUGUCAGGGGAAGGACUGGAGCCUCAUUAUCAGAAUUGUAGCACGGUGUGGCGUAAACUUUAUGGAUCAACUUCUCCUAAAAAUCCUGACGGCACGUUUCGGUUGAGGAAUGAACAUCUUUCUAAGCUGAAUCAAGAUGUUUUGUAUCAUUUGGGCUUAGAUAAUGAGAAUUAUGAUUUGCCGAAAAUGUUCGGAGACGUUAAGUUCGUAUGUAUGGGUGGCACAAAAUACAGGAUGAAGGAAUUCGCUAAGUACGUAGCUAAAGCUUUGGAUAUACCUUGUGAAGAUUUUGUAAAUAUGACUAAGCAUUCGCAUAGAUACGCCAUGUAUAAAGUAGGGCCAGUGCUUUCCGUUAAUCAUGGAAUUGGAAUUCCAUCAAUGACGAUUCUACUUCAGGAAGUAAUAAAACUAUUGAGUUAUGCGAAAGCUAAAGACCCUAUUAUUUUCAGAAUAGGGACGAGUGGUGGUUUAAAUAUAUCACCUGGAUCCGUUGUAAUUUCGUCGUGGGGUCUAAACGGGACAUUGGAGAAAUCGUAUGAUAUCCCAGUAUUGGGUAAAAUAAGAAAAAUUCCAUCGCACUUUGACAAACGAUUGAGUGAAGAGUUGCUUUCAAUUGCAUCCGAAGAAAAAGAUUUUUCCACUUAUAUCGGUGGAACGAUGGCCGCCGAUGAUUUUUACCGAGGUCAAGCUCGUUUGGAUGGUCCAUUCUGUGAUUACACUGAAGAAGACAAAAUGGCAUUUAUCAAAACUUUAGUUGAAUUGGGAGUUAAGAACAUAGAAAUGGAGGCAACUGCCUUUGCUGCCAUGACGAGAGAAGCUGGCUUGAGAUCAGCGGAUGUCUGCGUUACUUUGGUCAAUAGAUUGGAAGAAGAUCAGGUUACUCCAUCUAAGUCCAAGUUACUAGAGUGGCAAGAGAGACCCAUGUUAGUUAUUGCGAAAUACAUCUCACUAUACGUCAAAAAAUAUAAUAAACCGGCCAAGAACGAUUAGGAGUCACGGCAAUCGGACUUACUCUUGAGUGACGACUUUUUAAUGUUACUAUUUUUUAUUUAUAACGGUAACGACCAAUUUUAACGUUUUAUAACACAUUUUAAGCGUAUCUGCAUAAUUUUUUUUAUAACGGUCCUAAGGACACAAUCCUGUGUGACACAUGCAGAUAGACGUCAUAAGCUUACGUUAUGUCUAUGAUUUGAAAUUUGAUUAACUGUUAUUAUAUUUAUGAGUAUUUAAAGGUAGCAAAGAAAUUGGAGACAAUAUGUCUGGAAUAUUUUAAAUGUUGUUUUCAGCUCUUGUGUUA